GCUCUGAUUGUGUCCUUCCGCUGCCAACAAAAGAACUAGCCGACUACAAAAAACGUAAAUUGACAAUACACUGACUACGAUAUAAAACUUAUGCAAAUAAAUAGCUAUUCUGAGAAUCAACAAUUAUUUAUUUGAUAGGAAGAAAGUGUUUUUGAUUUCGCUCUAGAACUAUAUAUUUGCGGCGGUAGGAUAUUUAUUUUAAAAACCUAGCCUGCUCUACAUUUUCUUCCUCCGUUGGAAGCCAUGAUGGAAGCUUGAGAAUUCAGCUGGAGUGAAACGCGAAAAGAUGAUCCCCAGGACAUAGCUAUCUGUCAGACGAAUCUGUGCUCAUAUUUGAUCCCUGUAUAGACAAUAUAAAUGCACGGUGGAGCCUGUCACUUUUUCCGGUGUAGUUUAGCAAAUAAUUCACGACGAUGUUGAUUCGCUAGGAGGUUUUUUGAUUAAAAAAGGGGGUAACGUUAGCUAGCUAGUUAGUUACUAUACUGUAGCUUGCUAACGUUAGCUACGAGUGGAUACUGCUGCUGUCCUUUCCGAGAGUAACAUUAUUCUUCAAAUUCGAGCGCCGGAGAGUUUUCUCUCCUCGCUGUCCGGUCAAUCACGGCGGCUACUGUAGAUCAAGAGGUUCGGACCGUCUCUUAUACCAUACGGUUAGGCGGGAGGAGAAUUGUAUGUAUUUUUCAGGGGGGAUUUGAAAACAAAUUCCAGGAUUGGGAAAGUUGGGCCUGCGUGGAGGAGCAGAGCAAGGCCCGUCUUUAUGAUCCAGAGAAGACAUUCUAGUUACCUAGUUAAUCCUACUCACAACGACUACCACUGCUAGCUUUGCUAGCUUGUCAUUGCGAGAAAGGAGCUGCAAAAUCAAAAGCGCAAAGGGCGAGCGAGAGGCAAAUCAAGCGAAAGCAACGAUACUUUUUCAUAAAUAGACUCCUGUCACUAAGUUAGCUACAAUGGCUGCGAAGAUAAAAUUAAUGGUCAGCCGGAACAAAAGGAGAUACCAAGAGGAUGGGUUCGACUUGGAUUUAACGUAUAUCUAUCCAAACAUCAUUGCUAUGGGCUUUCCUGCAGAGCGACUCGAAGGAGUGUACAGAAACAAUAUAGACGAGGUUGUACGGUUUCUUGACUCGAAACAUAAAAACCAUUAUAAGAUUUACAAUCUUUGUGCAGAACGACACUACGAUGCUGCCAAAUUUAACUGCAGAGUUGCACAAUACCCCUUUGAAGACCACAACCCGCCUCAGCUAGAGCUCAUCAAGCCGUUCUGUGAAGACCUCGACCAGUGGCUGAGCGAGGAUGACAAUCAUGUGGCGGCCAUCCACUGCAAGGCAGGGAAAGGCCGCACCGGGGUGAUGAUCUGCGCCUACCUCCUGCACCGUGGCAAGUUCCAGGACGCCCAGGAGGCACUCGACUUCUACGGGGAAGUGCGGACAAGGGACAAGAAGGGAGUGACGAUCCCAAGCCAACGGCGCUACGUGUACUACUAUAGCCACCUGCUGAAAAACAAGCUGGACUACAAGCCUGUGGCUCUCCUCUUCCACAAAAUGGUGUUUGAGACGCUACCAAUGUUCAGUGGAGGCACCUGCAGGGACAGUACCGUUAAAAACAGGAGCGAGCCGAUCCCUCUGGGCUUCAAGAAAGGGAAUUGGCAUUGGGAUCCUCAGUUUGUGGUGUAUCAACUUAAAGUCAAGAUCCACACAUCCAACCCGGCUCACACGCGGAGGGAAGAAAAGCACAUGUUAUUUGAGUUUCCCCAGCCGCUGCCCGUCUGUGGAGACGUCAAAGUGGAGUUCUUUCACAAGCAAAACAAAAUGAUGAAGAAGGAUAAGAUGUUCCACUUCUGGGUUAACACCUUCUUCAUCCCCGGGCCACCGGAGGAGAGCAUGGAGAAGGUGGAGAACGGGUCGGUGGUGGUGAACGAUGUGGACGGGGUUCAGAACCAGUCCACGAUUGGCACCCCUCCCCAGGCCCCGCAGAGUGCCGAACGCAGGGACAGCGGCAGGGACAGCGACAGGGACUACCUCAUCCUCGCGCUCACCAAGAAUGACCUGGACAAGGCCAACAAAGACAAAGCUAACCGCUACUUCUCACCUAACUUCAAGGUGAAGUUGUAUUUCACGAAAACCGUGGAAGAUUCUUCGAAUUCCGAGGCGAGCACUUCGACAUCUGUCACUCCGGACGUUAGUGACAACGAGCCAGACCAUUAUCGAUAUUCUGACACCACUGACUCUGAUCCGGAAAACGAACCUUUUGAUGAGGAGCAGCACACGCAGAUCACGAAAGUGUGAACUCUUACUUUUUUUUAUAGGAACACGAAGAAAAAGAUAUGUACACCAGAGAAAAAAAAGGAGCAAACUUGAAUAUGAACUCAAAAGAAGAACCUUUGUUCCCCUGCUUCCCCCAAAACGGCAGCAGAGCAUCAUGUCAAAUGCCAAUUUUAAAAGAAAAAAAUAAUAUUCUGACCAAUAUAUUGUUUUUAGGACUCUUUUUUUUGGCAUGGCCAUGUACCAUGCGCGAGGUAUUGACGUUGUUGGGGGAAGGUGCUGUAGCUGUAAUGUUUAUAUAUACACAUACAUACAUACAUAUGUAAACAAACUUUUUUGUGUCAUAGACAAUGGAAAAGAGUAACAAUCAGGAGGACUAUGCUGCUCCUUCUCCUGUCGAAACCAAGGCCAGUGCUGCAGUCACUUUGUUUAUUUUCCCGUCUUCUCUCCCUCCCUCCCUCUUCUCUUCUACCCCCUUCACCACACCUCUUCCCUCAUCCUCCUUUACUGUGAAUGCUUCUCGUGCUCUUUGCAAGCUGUCUCACACGACGAUGACCUUUGGCCUUUGUGCUGUGGAAGCUGCAUGCAGGCAGUGGGUUGGGGGCGGGGCUGGGUUAUGAGUCUGUGAUGUCUAAAGCGUUGCCAUUCCUUUCCGUACUGUUUAAAUUAUGCAGAACAAGGCAUCCCAUGUAAUUGUCCGUUUUUUUUAUUAUCCUAAAAUAAUAAAAAAUAUAAUACACAAAACAGCAGGGAGACAAGUGUUUGCAAUGUCAACACUUUAUAUACAUUUAAAGAACCGUGGCGGUAUGCAUGUAUUGGAAUUUAGCACCCAUCCCUAAUAAAUGUAUGCAAUGUCAUCCUUUCUUAGA